AUGAUGGAUGGUGAUUCAAAUGCUGCAUUUGCUUACCAUGAACCGCCAAUCACGACUACUCUGAAUCUGACUGGAUUUCUCGUGGUUUUGAAUCUUGUGAACUUCUUCCUUGAAAAGAUCCUAUACUGUGGGCUCAUUGGACAAAUAUUUGUCGGCAUCCUUUGGGGUACUCCCGGUGCAAAAUGGCUCGGUUCUGAAACGGAGACGGUGCUCCAACAGCUGGGGUAUCUUGGACUGAUCAUGUUGGUGUAUGAAGGUGGUUUGUCAACAUCGAUCAAGUCCGUGAGGGCAAACAUUAUACUUUCCGUUUGUGUUGCGAUCACGGGCAUUGGAGCACCAAUGGGUCUUUCGUUCAUUCUAAACGAACUCGUUGGAGCAACCUCAUUACAAGCAUUCGCUGCCGGUGCUGCUCUUUGCUCAACAAGCCUGGGUACUACCUUCUCGAUUCUUUCGGCGACAAAUCUAGUCUCAACGCGCUUGGGUACAGUGACGACCAGCGCUGCAAUGCUAGAUGAUGUCGUCGGUCUCGUCAUGGUCCAAAUCAUUUCAAAUCUUGGUGGAACUGCUUCGUCCUUUGAUUCCCUGACGGUCAUUCGUCCUGUCUUCGUCUCAACUGGGUUUGCAGUGGGUCUUUUUCUUCUGUGUGCAUUCCUCUUCAAGCCAAUGCUCAAGAUGAUCCUCUCGAAGAAGCUCAAGACCCCUCAUUCCAUGAGGAGCAUGCACGUUGCAUUUCUCUAUCACACAGGACUUCUUGUGGGACUGGUUGCUGGUGCCACUUUUGCGGGCACUUCAAGCUUGUUUGCGGCUUAUCUCGCGGGUGUCAUAGUCACAUGGCUUGACGGGUUGAUUGCAGAGUCGAGCAGCCCUUCCAGGGAGGCGUCUUCUGGGACAUCUCGGACGGACCAACUCAAUUCUGCAACCGACGAAAAUCGGGACAGUAGCUCUCGUCGUCGCGGAAGACAGCCCCAGGCCUCGAGCGAAUCCUGUAUGAGGACGCAACAUGGCAAAGCUCCAACUGGCAAGGAGGUCUAUGAGAAAUACUACAAACAGCCGGUGGGUUGCAUUCUCACACCUCUAUUCUUCGCGUCCAUUGGGUUUGCCAUUCCUAUCACCGAGAUGUUUCGGGGAAGUAUUGUAUGGCGUGGCAUGAUCUAUGCGCUCUUGAUGAUGUUUGGGAAACUCAUCACGGGUGUUUGGCUUGUCCGUUUCUCAUUCCGACCCUUUGCAAAUCUCGCAAAUGGAUUGAAAAGACCGUCUUCCCGCACUCGUUUGCGUUGUAUGACUUCGAGAUCAGGCAAACAUCGAAAAAAUGAGCAGUGCGUUCCGGUUGAGAUCCCUAUGCAAUCUUCCAGAGAAGGCAUUGCUGCCUCAGGGAAUCGAGUAGACACCGGUGGUCUAGAAACAAAACAUCGUGAAUUAUCAAACAACCAAACUCCUACUGUUCACCAUGCACGUCAAGGAGAGCCGAACACAACCACGCGACAAAGCUCAACAAGCACAUUUCCCCCGAAGCCAAAGUCCCUGUAUCCCCCAGCAAUCCUGGGGUUGGCCAUGGUUGCGCGAGGCGAGGUCGGAUACCUUAUCGCUUCGCUUGCCCAAAGCCAGGGUAUUUUCGCAACCGGUCCAUCUGGAGGAACUUCCGACGUCUAUUUGGUUAUCAUCUGGGCGAUAUCUAUCUGUACCCUUGUUGGUCCAAUUUGUGUUGGUACCCUGGUAAAGCGCGUGAAAAGGUUACAGGGGGUUCGAGGAGGUUCCGGCCCAGAUCCGCUUGGCGUGUGGGGGAUUUGA